AUGCGCAGAGAAUUUAGCCUCACACCAUUUCCGUAUGUUGAUGACAACGGACUCAAGGCCCAUCACUUACCUUCAUUUGCAAGCGUCGACCUAGCAAGAACGACAGUCGCAAGUCAGUGAAAAACGGAUCGUAGAACGUAGGACGAUAGCAUUAGGCGCGAAGGUCAGCAGUUUGGUUUUCCGCAUCGGGCGCACGCAAUACCCACUUGCAUCAACAGGCAAGACUACUAUGACAUGAAAUUUGGGUCUUGCAUAGGACCAAACGCUACGCGCUAUAACCAGUAGGCAAAGAAUGUUCCCAAGGUUUAUUGUGUGCAGGGGCUUACCCCAAGUCGCUUUGGAAUGUAUCGAGGCUGAUUUUUAUCUUAGGCUCGACCUCCAAACCACCCGCUUCCAUCGAGAACCGAGAAAUUUGCGAGGUUAUACAGAGAUGAAGAAGGAUGUUACCGAUAUCACAGAUAAUAUCGAGCUUGAGAACGAGGCUGCCGUACUUGUAGGAGAUCUAUACCACCGACACUCAAUACGCGUUGACAUUUAUAGCUUGACACGCAAAGGACGAUAUUCCUCGAGGCCAGAACAGACAGGAUAG